AUGGGGCUGACGAUAUCAGGCCUCUUUGGGCGUCUCUUUGGCAAGAAGCAGGUACGAAUUUUGAUGGUUGGUUUGGAUGCUGCAGGGAAAACGACUAUUUUGUAUAAAUUGAAGUUGGGUGAAAUUGUUACUACUAUUCCAACUAUUGGAUUUAAUGUGGAAACAGUAGAGUAUAAGAAUAUUUCUUUCACAGUUUGGGAUGUUGGCGGUCAAGAUAAAAUCCGCCCACUUUGGAGACACUAUUUUCAAAAUACACAGGGCUUGAUCUUUGUUGUCGAUAGCAACGACAGAGAACGUAUUGAAGAAAGCCGAGCUGAACUGCAUAAGAUGCUUUCGGAGGACGAACUUCGAGAUGCUACUUUGCUUGUUUUUGCAAAUAAGCAAGAUUUGCCAAAUGCUAUGAGUGCCGCUGAAUUAACUGAUAAGCUUGGUCUUCAUAAUCUGCGAUCACGACAGUGGUAUAUCCAAGCAACUUGUGCAACGCAAGGACAUGGUCUAUAUGAAGGUUUGGAUUGGCUUUCGAACCAACUUUCAAAAAGCUAA